AUGAAAAAGAAUUGCAAUUCACAGAUCGAUAUAUGCCGACGAUGUGGAGAUGAUCGAAACAAUGGCGUCAAUCAUCAAGAAUGUAUUGUAUGUUGCACACAUUGUGGACAAGAUCAUGAAAUGACAAGUUUUCGAUGUUCGUCCGUUAUCGGUUUUCGGGACGAAUUGCUGAAAAAAUUAAAAAGUGAUAGUCGUCAACUUCCUCCUACUGUUCAACUUUUCCUACCUCUGAAGUAUCGAGACCAAGGAUUGAAAACGUUACGAAGCAAUCUGAAAAAAUCAAUGCCUGAUAAGCGGAUUCAACAACAUCAAGUUUUUAAUCAAAAUGACCAGAACAUGUGGCCACUAUUGAACUCGGAUUCAAAUUCAUCACAGACGUUUCGUCAAAUACAAAGUUGUUCGAUUGUUAACGAAAUCAAGGCAUUACAAAGUGAAUUUGAAAAGAUAAAAUCUGAAAAUAUGGCAGAGAUCUGGAAGUUAAAACAAGAUCAUGCAAAAUAA